AGAGGAAGCAACCAUGCAGGUGCUAACCAAACGCUAUCCCAAGAACUGCCUGCUGACCGUGAUGGACCGGUACUCUGCUGAGGUGCGCAACAUGGAGCAGGUGGUGAUGAUCCCCAGCCUUCUGCGAGAUGUGCAGCUUAGUGGACCCGGGGGCCAUGCCCGGGCGGGGGCCCCCGAUCUCUACACCUACUUCACCAUGCUGAAGACCAUCCGUGUGGACGUGGACCACGGGCUGCUGCCACGGGAGGAGUGGCAGGCCAAGCUGGCAGGUGGUAAAGCCCACGAGGCUGAGAACGAGGCUGCAGCAAUGGAGGCCGAGGAUGAGGAGCUGGAAGCCCAGUUCCACCUCCACUUCUCCAGCCUCCAUCAUAUCCUCACCCACCUCAUCCAGAAAGCCCAGCAGGUGACGAGGAAAUACCAGGAAAUGACGGGACAGGUGCAGUAG